AUGUCUCCCCUCAACCUGCUCUUCUUCCCGCUCUUUGCAAUGAGGGUGGGCGGCCAGAGCCGGGUGGUGGGAGCGGAUUUCGGCCCGGCUGCCGCCAGCGACGCCCCGCGCAGCUCAGCGGGAUUGCUCAGGACCAUGCUGAGCCGCAGCAGCCGCCUGCAGCGCGCCCUCGCCCUGCUCGUGUCGGUGGCCCUGGCGCUCAGCAGCGUGGCCGCCGCCCCCUCCGACCCCCGGCUCCGGCAGUUCCUGCAGAAGUCGCUGGCCGCCGCGGCGGGGAAACAGGAAUUGGCCAAGUAUUUCCUGGCAGAACUCCUCUCAGAACCGAGCCAGGCAGAAAAUGAAGCCCUGGAGUCUGAUGACGUUUCUCGUGGUGCUGAGCAAGAUGAAGUCAGGCUGGAGUUGGAAAGAUCGGCCAACUUGAGCCCGGCACUGGCACCCAGAGAACGCAAAGCCGGGUGCAAGAAUUUCUUCUGGAAAACAUUCACAUCCUGUUAGCUUUUGAAAUUUCUUCCUUUCCCCUCGUACCC